GUGUUUGAGUUUUUGGAGAGCCCUCGGCCUCAAAACUCUCUCAGUCAUUAAAGAGCUUCAUCAAGCCAAGAAUGGCAGCCCCUGAUGCUCCUCUCUUGGCCUCAGUUUUUGGCAUUCUAGGUAACAUUGUGUCCUUCAUGGUGUUACUAGCUCCACUGCCAACAUUUUAUAGGAUUUUCAAGAAAAAAUCAACAGAGGGAUUCCAAUCUAUACCUUAUGCAGUGGCACUGUUUAGCGCCAUGUUGAUGCUCUACUAUGCCUUCCUCAAGGGACAUGCUUUCAUGCUCAUCACCAUCAAUUCCAUCGCCUGCGUCAUCGAAACAAGUUAUCUUGUAAUCUACAUGAUUUAUGCACCAGCAAAAAUCAGGAUUUAUACGGCUAAGCUACUUACCCUUUUCAAUGUGGGGGCUUAUGGUGUGAUCUUAUUUGCUACUUCCUUAAUCACAGAUCCUUAUCUGAGGAUUAAAAUAGUUGGGUGGACUAACGUUGUGUUUUCUGUAUGUGUAUUUGCUGCUCCUCUUAGUAUAAUGAGGCUAGUUAUUAAAACAAGGAGUGUGGAAUACAUGUCCUUCCCUUUGUCGUUCUGCUUAACUCUAUGCGCUGUGAUGUGGUUCUUCUAUGGCCUUCUACUAAGAGAUUUAUUCGUAGCGGCACCAAACAUCCUAGGGUUCGGGUUCGGGAUUGCGCAGAUGAUCAUGUACCUAGUGUUCAAGAAAUCAAAGAAAGCCGUCUUACCCCAAUAUAUUCUCAAAGAGAUACCAAAUGAAAAUGGGGUUGCAGAAAAUGACAAUCAGUUGAAAGAAGAAGACACAAAUGACAGCAAGGUUGAAGAUGUUUGCUCGGAGAGCAUGACAAGCAAGGUUGAAGAUGCUCGGUCGGAAAGCAUGACAAGCAAGGUCGAAGAUGCUCGGUUGGAGAGCAUGACAAGCAAGUCUGAAGAUGCAACUACAGAACAAAAUGAAUCAGUUGUGUGAUGACUUAGAGUGGAUGAAAUACCUAAUGAUCCACAUGAAUACAUUUAGAACUGCCAUUAGGGUUUUGAUAUCCUUAAGGCCACUAUGGAUAUUGUAAAUUGGAACAGCUGCUGUUCUUCUAGUUCUAGCUAGCCAGUUCCCCAUUAAUGUUUCUAUCUUCUCUCUCUUUUUCUUUGCCAAUACUAUUAUUGGUUUGUUCUACCAUGUGGCCCUUUCGUACCAAAGUAAUUGCAUACAGCAAAUAGAAUGGAGAAAACCUAAU